AUGUUCGUGUAUAUUUUGCUCUUUGUCUUCGUUAUCGGAGCGAUUUUUUAUAUAAAUCGAUUUCAACAUAACAAAGCAUCGAAACAGAACAAAAGUGAAAAGAAAAUCUUUAGUACGUGGACUCCUGUAUUAUUCGAAUCACCACGUCCCGUUGCUUAUCCUGAAUGGUCCAUUGAAACAACUCGUCCACUGCCUUAUCGUCCAUUUAAAUAUGGUCCUGAUUAUUUCGUUACAAUGGGUAUAUCACGAAUGAAUUGGGAUGAAUGGAUCGAAUUAGAUAAUCAAUGGAAUAAAUAUCAUCAAGAAAAACUUUCACGACUUUCAUCUGAACGAUCAUCUCGUUUAUGUCAAUUAUCAUCCGAAGCAGAAGAUGCUGCACUCGAAACAAUGGAACUAUUAUCUGAGUAUUUGGUUUAUCGUUAUCCAUCUCUAUUUCAAUAUGAAAAUAAUGACAAAAGUAAAAUUCGAAUAAAAAUAACCGGAGAGAUUUAUCCAAUAAGAUCAUUGAAUCCUCUCAAAUAUGCUUCACUUCUUAUUCAAGAUGAUUUAGCAUUGAUGAUCGAAGGAAACGAUGGACAAUAUUAUUUGAAAGGUGGUUCAAUAGUUCUUCCCGGAUUUUGGCGCCUUGAAGAUAAAUUUCAAAUGCCUCUUUCUCAAAUUCACAUGUCAGGUGACGUUCCAAAAUUUGAAGAAAAACUUAAAUUUAGUAUGGAAAGAUUUUUUCAAAAAAUGGCUCCUCAACAUCCGGUUGUUCGUUACAAUUAUUUCAUUCAAACAGAUGGAAAUUUAGCUUGGUCAUCAUCGAUUGGAUGUGAAGAUCAAUUUGGAAUCGGUUGGAGUAACGCUAAGCAAAAUCCACCCAUUGAACAAAUUUAUUUUCGAAGUGAAAGACAAACACUUCGUCGAUUACCGAGAUCAGAAGCGAUUCUUUUUACUAUUCAUCCGUAUUUUAUUCCACUGAUAGAAAUUGCACAAGAACCAGGCGUUCCGGGAAGAUUAGCAUCAGCAAUUCGAAGUUGGCCUGAUGAUGUUUCACAUUAUAAAGGAAAACAGGCAUAUGAAGAUGUGAUUUUGAAAUAUUUAGAUGAAAAACAUCAAGAACAAUGUGAAAAUGGUCUAGAACUCAACGAUUUAAAAUCUAAUUAUCCUUUUUAA